ACCACCACCAUGCAACACCUUAAUAACCGGCCAGAGAAUCAACUAGGCAGCACAGUGGGAUGCGAGCUGGACAACUUUGGAAAAGGAGCCUGGGUGAAUCAGGCCUAUAAUGGGUCUCCUCCACCUAUCAAACACCCCAUCAGCACCAUAUACAGCCCUCAGCCUAUGUUCCACAGCUCUUUGGAGGCCAUGAACCAAGUGAAUAUGCCUAACCCCUAUUCGGCCGAGAAUAAAGUGUUUGCCCAGCCGACUGGCGAGAAGAAAUCUGGAUGCUGUUCCUUUAUUUUGAGAGCACUCAAAGGGUUGUGGGGAACAGCUCUAACCAAGGACACGAAGGAGAAUCCUGAGCUGUUGGUCAAAAACAAAUUCAAAGAACUGCUGGUCUACAUCGUUUUCUUAGUGGAUUUGUGUCUGUUGACCUAUGGUAUGACCAGCAGCUCCACCUACUAUUACACAAAAGCAAUGACUGAUCUCUUUGUGAAUUUACCAGGAGAUAGUGGAGUCAGCUUUUCUUCCAUUGGCAGUAUGAAUGAUGUCUGGAUAUACAUGGAAGGCCCUCUACUUGAUAGCCUGUAUUGGACUAAGUGGUAUAAUGACUUGCCUCUUGAGAAUGGAAAUCAGUCCUUCAUUUACUAUGAGAAUAUGUUGUUAGGUGUCCCUCGCAUUCGACAGCUAAAAGUGAAGCACAACUCCUGCAAGGUGCACAAAGACUUUCAGCAGGAAAUCACAGAUUGUUUCGAUGUGUACAGUGACAAGAAAGAGGACGACAGCAUGUUUGGGCUGAUCAAUGGUACAGCCUGGCAGUACCACACAGAAAGGGAGAUUAAAGGGUCAAAUCACUGGGGGUUGCUGAGCACAUACAGUGGAGCAGGAUAUUACCAAGACCUGACAAAGACCAAAGAAGAGAGUGCUUCUAUUCUGGUGGAUCUCAAAGACAACCUGUGGCUUGAUCGUGGAACUCGGGCUCUGUUUGUUGACUUUUCUACAUACAAUGCCAAUAUCAAUCUCUUCUGUGUUGUAAGAUUAGUGGUGGAAUUUCCAGCUACUGGUGGAGCAAUUCCAUCCUACCAGAUUCGCACUGUGAAGCUGAUUCGUUAUGUCACCACCUGGGAUUACUUUAUCAUCGGCUGCGAGAUUGUGUUCUGUGUGUUCAUAUUCUAUUACAUUGUGGAGGAAAUUCUGGAAUUCCGAAUCCAUAAACUGUCCCAUUUCAGCAGCCUCUGGAACAUUCUAGAUUUAGUGGUGAUACUGCUUGCUGUUGUUGCAAUAGCUUUCAGUGCAUUUCGGACGGUGAAAGUGAAUGAGUUACUUGGAAAGCUUCUAGAACAACCAAACAUCUAUGCUGAUUUUGAGUUUCUUGCAUUUUGGCAAACCCAAUACAACAACAUGAAUGCAGUAAACUUGUUUUUUGCUUGGAUAAAGAUAUUCAAGUACGUCAGUUUUAAUAAGACGAUGACCCAGCUCACAUCCACCCUGGCACGGUGUGCUUUAGACAUCUUUGGAUUUGCUAUUAUGUUCUUCAUUGUGUUCUUUGCAUAUGCUCAGCUGGGUUACCUGCUCUUUGGAACAGAAGUCGAAUUAUUCAGCACAUUUAACAAGUGCAUUUUCACCCAGUUUCGAAUCAUCCUUGGGGAUUUUGACUAUAAUGCCAUUGACAGGGCAAACAGAGUACUUGGACCAAUAUACUUUUUCUCCUAUGUGUUCUUUGUCUUCUUUGUGUUGCUGAACAUGUUUCUGGCCAUCAUUAAUGACACAUACUCCGAGGUGAAGUCAGAGCUCGCUUCUCAGAAAACUGAAUUCCAGAUUUCGGACCUCAUCAAACAGAGUUAUACAAAGACCUUUAUGAAACUGAAACUUAAAAAGGAAAAGAUCUCUGAUGUUCAGAAAGCUUUGGAUUCAGGUUCAACUGACCUGGAGUUUAAAGACUUCAGGGAUGCUUUGAAAGAAAUGGGUCAUGAUGAUCAGGAGAUCUCAGCUGCUUUCAACACAUUUGACCAAGAUGGGAACCAGACUUUGGACAAACAGGAGCAGGAGAGAAUGAGACAAGAUCUGGAGGAAAAAAGGGAUGCGCUCAAUGAAGAGCUUCGUAAUAUUGGAAACACGUCAGAGGACCAUGGAGAGAAGACAGAGGAGUUUCAAAGGCUUGCUCAAAAAGUUGCUCAGCUUGAAAAUGCUGUGGCCACUAUAACAUCCAAAGUUGAUGCCGUUAUGGAAAAAAUGAGACUUCAGACUUCCAAAACAGAAAACAGAGACACAAUGGAUAGGAUGACUAGAGAUGAUGAAUCAAGGCCAGCUUCAGGAGGAAAUAUUCAUGUAAACCUGGAAAGAGUCCUGGCACAGGGGCUACCAGCCUGGUCACCAGCUGCUCCAGUGGGAAAUGUAAGGAAUCGUUUAUUCCCAGAUGUAGGACGGCCAGUCAUCACUGAGAACAGUAGUUCUGCACGUCACUGAUUCAUCAAAAACUGAGUUUUGAAAUAGGAUAAUAUGAGAGGUUUAAUCCAAGCCUGAUCUGUGGAUAAACAGACCCAGACUCUGACAGUAGAGAGGACGGUAUUAUUUUUUAGAAUAUAUGUUAGUACCCUAUGUUAGCAGUGGAAACAGAAAUAUGCUUAUAAUACUGACUGUUUAACACUUGUGCAGCUUCUAAUGCACUUUAAGAAGAGGUGAUAUGAUUGGCAGUCUGAUUAUAUUCCACAGAACCGCUUGAUUAAUGGUUUGGCACAGUGUACUUGCUGUAUUGUAGUGUUUAAAAACCGUUUCAACUUGUUUCUGGGAGUUUAAACUAUAUCAGGCCAGAUCUCUUUAGAUUACUAUUAUUAAUUUGAUCACCUUCCUCUCUGUUAAUACUGAGCUUUCAUGAUUACUAUUAGUUAUUGUGAAACAAGUGUUUAUGUACAGAACCAGAGCUAAAUCAUAUUUUAAGUAAAUGCUGAUUUCGUAUCUCUGUUGAUAUUUAAUCAUAUGGCAAAUUUGCGGAUUAGAUUUGUGUCUUGUAUUCUUUCCCAUCAUAUAGUAUGGAAGCUUCGUGGAGAGCUAAAUUUAGAUGGUACAGCAUGACUGUUACAUUUAUCAUAAUGCUCUGAAAACACAAAGUGAAAUGUAUACUUUUAUAACAAACAGUCUUGGGAAAGUUCUCAUUUACUUUUAAAGAUAUCUUAAGGACAUAAUCUCUUUAUCCUGAUUGUUCUUAGUGUAUUUUACAGUGUGAAUGCCAGUUUAUA